CUGAUCUUAACGUAUAGGUUUGCAUGGUCUCAUGAGUUAAUGUUCUAUAAACAGACCUACUUGAUAUAAUAAUUGAUGAGAGUAUUUGUGCUUCAUUCAUUCAGCCCACUUGGCUACCCGGCCAUGACUUCUGCCGAGUCCGAGUCCGGGAAUCAAGCUGCAGGAUAUAGGGUGUUACUGAGUUCUUGACAGAAUGGCUCCUAUACCCAGAAACCAGAGGCGUCAAUUACAGCUGCAAUGCGAGUGGAAUAGUUGCAGUUCAGUUUUCAUGUCGACACAGUCCUUCACAGAACAUCUCAUGAGUCAUGCUGAAGAAUUCAUUGCUGGCUCUCUCUCUAUUGAGAAGUGUUUGGCUGAUGUAGAUGAAAACGAUACAGAUGAUUACCAAUGCCAAUGGAUAGACUGUGGCUAUGUCACUAACGAGGGCUCAGCAGCGCUUCUGAGACACAUGUUAUUCCACGGGUACCAUACACGGAUCAAGUGGGCUGGGACUGUAGAGAGAGAACGGUGUAAGAUUGAAACCUGUCAGCUGGAGCCCCAUAGUAGAAACAUCAUCCCUGAAGUGCCAAGCUCAUUUGUGUGUAGCUGGGAGGAUUGCUCGUUUGUGACAAACAAUCCAGACUACUUCUAUUGUCAUGUUGAGAUGCACAGUCAGAUGGAAGAAGCUGAACGUGGGAUUCUAUCGUGUAAAUGGAGAGAAUGUCAAGUGAAGACGAAGGAUAAAUACAAGCUUCGAGACCAUCUUCGAUGUCACUCCCAAGAGAAGCGGUUUGGUUGCAGUCAGUGUGGUGGUCUCUUUAGCAACAGAACAAAGUUCUUUGAUCAUUUUCAUAGACAGGGUAUACUAGAUGAGCCCAACUACCAGUGUUCACAUUGUUCCAAGGUCUUUGCUUCUGAGAGAUUGCUCAGAGAUCAUAUGAGACAUCAUGUAAAUCAUUACAAAUGUCCUUUCUGUGACAUGACGUGUCCGGCGCCAUCUGUGUUGAAGAAGCAUAUCCAAUGGAGACAUUCCUCAGAUCGACCUUUCACCUGUGAACUCUGCGACCAUGCAGCCAAGACAAGGACAGAUAUGAGGCGACACAUGGAGAGCCAUAAUGCUGGGGAUGCGUAUUCAUGUGACAUUGAGAGCUGCACCUUCACAGCAAAGACACUGAGCACACUAAGAACACAUUUCAGAAGGUGUCAUUCAGACGUGGAUGAGAAGCGUUACAUGUGUCAUGUCUGCCAGUCAAAGUUCUCAAGAGGUCAUGUCUUAACCAAUCAUCUCAAAGACAAACAUCGCUUCAAAUGGCCUUCAGGUCACGUCAGAUUCAGGUAUAAAGAGCAUGAAGAUGGUUUCUUGAGACUACAGACGGUAAGAUACGAGAGCAUUGAGCUAACUCAACAGAUCCUACAAGAUACUACCACCAAUGCCCCGCCCAAUGCCCCGCCCACUGCCCCGCCCACUGCUCCACCCACUGCCACGCCCAUCACCACACCCCUAAUGACUAUCCAAGAGGAAGAACAUGGCAGAGCCCAGUCGUCUAGCAGUCAGAAAGCUGAGAAGGGAAAGUCAUCUAAGAAACGCAAAUCACCAAGGAAACUAAGCGCUAAGCAACGAAAGACCAGUUCUCCUGAGAAGGUAGACUUUGAGCCGAGUCAGGUGCAGUAUCUAGAGGGUGAUCAGGGACCAAUCAUCAUCGUGGAUUGUACGCUGGAUCUUAAGAAUCCUGAGGGAUCUACUAGGAGAGUCUUUGACGUGGAAGAUUUGAAUGAUUCUAUCGGUGAUAGCGAGGGAAGGAUCCAAUCAGGUGAUCGCGAGGGAAGGAUUCAAUCAGGUGAUCGCGAGGGAAGGAUCCAAUCAGGUGAUCGCGAGGGAAGGAUUCAAUCAGGUGAUCGCGAGGGAAGGAUCCAAUCAGGUGAUCGCGAGGGAAGGAUUCAAUCAGGUGAUCGCGAGGGAAGGAUUCAAUCAGGUGAUCGCGAGGGAAGGAUCCAAUCAGGUGAUCGCGAGGGAAGGAUUCAAUCAAGUGAUCGCGAGGGAAGGAUUCAAUCAGGUGAUCGCGAGGGAAGGAUUCAAUCAAGUGAUCGCGAGGGAAGGAUUCAAUCAGGUGAUCGCGAGGGAAGGAUCCAAUCGGGUGAUAGCGAAGGCAGGAUUCUAUCAGCUGAUAGCGAGGGAAGGAUUCAAUCAGCUGAGCCAGGUGAGACAAGCUUGUAUGACAUCAUACAGGUAGGUUCACACGGGAAGGAGGUUAUUAGGAGCACUCCCGUCACUAAGAACAUCCAGUUUAUGAGAAAGCCUGGGUCGAAGGUGACAUUGGAGAAUGGUGGACAACCCCUCUCACAAGUGCAAUACCAUCAUGAAAUGAACCAGGGUACUGUGAGAAAUGAUCACCAGACUGCUUUCUUCCCCAUUGAGCAGCUAAGGAGUGUUGAUGAGGAGGAUGAGAGUAGCAGUGGAGAAAGAACUCCCAAGAAACCUCGUUAUGACCUUUCGCCUCAAUCUACGGAGAUGGAGAAGAGCAGUGAAGAGGAAAUGAGAAACCGUUAUCCUGGUUUAGAGGAUGACAGAAUGGCUAUGGCGGUGGAAGCAAUGACAAACCUCUCGAGGGGGUAUGUUCAGGGAAUGUGAGAGAAAGGUUUCUCACCAGUAUCAAGAUGGUACAGGUGCUAGGUUGGCCAUUUUGGAACAGUGACUGCCCCUAAAUUACUACUUGGUCAUAUAGACCUCAUACAUAUAAUGAUAACUACAAUUAUAAACCCUCCCAAAUAGCUUCCCUGUUGUGUGUUUGUGGAGAUUGAAAUCGUUGUGAUAGAUUAGACCUCAUUGAUGAAUGUUAAUGAGCAUCAGGGAUCUCAUUGUCUUGUUGGGAUCACUUUCGAGGAGUUUCUGUUUUUAGGUCAAGCCUUGAUAACAAUGUCUGAGAGCAAACAGAUUUCAUCGUUUCAACAUGACGUCACUUGCAGAAGGAGAAGAGAUGGAGUCCAAAGUUUUUAUUGAUGGAACCAACAAUCUUAUCAUUACAAAUUCCUUGAAUUGUUAUUUUUACCAUCAAAAAACAGAUUUAAUUACUAGUUUAUCAUUAUCAGUGAGGUUUAAGAGAGCCUAUAACUGAAUUGUGGAGUUUGAUUGGGUAGAGGUGUCGUGGUCGAGUUGAUAUGUGGAUCACAAGGUCAGAGGUUCAAGUCCUGCCGCGGCACGAAUGUAUACUAUUAUGAUUAAAUGUAUGAAUAUCUGAAAGAUGGAUUGCAAUACUAAGCAUAUCACGCUUUAGGCGAUAUUAAUGUGGCUGUAGUUCAGGUAUUACAUUCCCCUCUGGGUAAUAUGUUAAAUCAACUAUGAAUUAAUUGAAUCAAUAAAAGCAGAGUUUAGGAA